GCGGGCGGCGCAGUCCGGGGUCGCCUCCCGGCCGCCCAGCGCCUCGGGCCGGGGGAGCCUCCGAUCGGACCCAAGACUCCGCUCUCCUUGAGGAUCCCCGGGGCCCGGCCCCAGCAGCGCCCGGUUCCCGUCCGGAGUCGCCGGGAGACGGUGGGCGUCUCGGCGGUCCUAGACCUGGAAUGGCCAAAUAUCACCGUGAAGUUCAAAGUUUGAAACUGGAUGAUGAUUCAGUUAUAGAAGGAGUAAGUGACCAAGUACUUGUGGCAGUUGUGGUCAGUUUCGCUUUGAUUGCUACCCUGGUAUAUGCACUUUUCAGAAAUGUACAUCAGAACAUUCACCCAGAAAACCAAGAGCUAGUAAGGGUGCUUCGAGAACAACUUCAAACAGAACAGGAUGCACCUGCUGCUGCUCGGCAGCAAUUCUACACUGACAUGUACUGUCCAAUCUGUUUACAUCAAGCCUCCUUCCCCGUUGAGACAAACUGUGGACAUCUUUUCUGUGGUGCCUGCAUUAUUGCAUACUGGCGAUACGGUUCAUGGCUGGGGGCAAUCAGCUGUCCAAUCUGUAGACAAACGGUGACUUUGCUCCUAACAGUCUUUGGUGAAGAUGAUCAGUCUCAGGACGUUAUACGAUUGCGUCAAGACAUUAAUGAUUAUAACCGGAGAUUCUCAGGGCAGCCCAGAUCUAUUAUGGAAAGAAUCAUGGAUCUCCCCACUUUGCUGAGGCAUGCGUUCAGGGAAAUGUUUUCAGUCGGGGGCCUCUUCUGGAUGUUCCGCAUUAGGAUAAUACUUUGCUUAAUGGGAGCUUUUUUCUAUCUCAUAUCACCUCUCGAUUUUGUACCUGAAGCCUUGUUUGGAAUUCUAGGCUUCCUAGAUGAUUUCUUUGUCAUCUUUUUGUUGCUUAUCUACAUCUCUAUUAUGUAUCGAGAAGUGAUAACCCAAAGGUUAACCAGAUGAAAAAACAUGAGUGUACUAGAGCAUCUCAGUUAAUGUGUAAGACCAGACAAGAGGACCCACGGCAGGAUAAAGCAUUUGAAUGUUAUCUUACAAGCUUACAACCAUUGUGACAAACAUUUAAUUAUCAUUUGACAAAUGCCUAGUAAUAUAUAACUGGAAUUUUUACAUGUUGCAGGUUUGAAUGUUGAAGUUAGAAUUAUAAUAAUCUACCACUGUGUUGUCUAUAAAGUCUCUGGGAAAAAAUGAAAUUAUAUAGAAAGGGAUACUUUUAUAUCUUUUUAAUGUCCCCCAAAUUACUUAUGAUUAUUGGAUAUAUAGUAACAUACUGUUAAAUAUGCAGUUUAUCCAAUUUAUCCUCCUGAAUGGGUACAUAUACAAUAACAUAGCUAUCAAACUGAUCUAAAUAUUUUUGCUAUAAUAAAAUAUAUAAUACUGGAGAAAAGUCAGUGUUUCUUUCAGAACCAGCUAAGUAUUGUGCAUUUGGAGCAGUUCUGCUUUUCCAUUCUGGUCUAAUCCUCUGUCAUCAGUUGAAAAUGGAAGAAAAGACUUGAACUUCGUAAUCUGAUCUCACAUUCUGGUUUACAGAACACUUUUUCAUCAGCAGAAGAACUACCAAGAUGAAAAUCAUUUAUUUCCAGUCAGCACACACUUGAUGUUCACAGUUAGAACAUUUCAAGAAGAAUUUGGUCCUUUGAUAGGAAUACAUACAGAGGUAACUUGUAAAGGAAAUUUUUAGGAACCUUGGUGACAUUGUAAACACAUAAGUGGAUUUUCAUGCCUGUGAGCAGGGCAAAAGCUCUUAGGAAGGUGUUAGGAACAUUGUUUAAGUUUGGCAAGAGAAAUGACUGGUCAGAUUUGGUUAGUUGUUUUGUAAGGAAACUUUUAUACACUACCAUUUAACCCAGACUCAUCAUGUCUCGUGCAGAAUGAGCAAUGUGCUUGAGACAGACUGACUAGGAAACAUAUCGUUUCAUUCUGAUGAUAGGGCUUAAGUCUAAUAUUCUCUUCCACAAUUUUCUGUUGAGAAGAUUGGAUACCACGAAUGCUGGGAUCCUUUGAGCAGGAAUUGCUUACUGGUGAAUGUGAACAGCCCAGGAGUCGGUGUUGGCUCCGCCAUCUGUGGUUACUGCUGUUAACAGCAUUCAUUGAUGAGUCCCACUGUGUGUAGACAGCGGUACAAAUCCUUCACAUUCUCCCAGGCUAAUCCCAUUAACCAUCAACCAAUAAGACUCUAAAUGAAGUGUCAAUUUCUGUGUUCUAAUUUGGACAUAGAAAGAAGCUUGUCACAGAGGAAAAACAGUAAUGCUUAAGCCCAGCACAUUAAGGCCGUGUCUUCCCUACCUCCCAUGUUAUCCUUAUGACAAUUUUGUGGGGAAGGCAGGGCAUCUCCUUCCUUGCGACAGUUGAAGCCUCCGUGCUGGUGAUGCCGUGGUUGCCUGGAGUCACAUAAGUGAGUGAGUGAACUGGCUUUCCUCUUUGUGGGACUCUUGCAGAGGAUGUUAGACAGAUAGGAGCAGCAGCAGGAUCAGGAAGUGAGAGCCACAAUACACAGUCCCUGCAUUGCAGCUUAGGCGGUCUUAGAGGAAAGUUCUAUGAAGACUGUACAUCAAGAUUUUGUGGAUGCCAGUUCUGCCCUUGCAAACCUAAUGCCUGUUAGGGUGCCCUACAUCAUAGAAACACAUUCCAGCUGCCGCUGCCACCUUGAAAAGCUAAUGCGUAGGAGUUUGUUACACCGCCAUUACCAGAAUGGAAAUGCAUUUCCUACCAAUUACAAAUCUGAUGUGGGGCUGUAGUGAUGUCACUUUUCUGAGCAGAUUUGAUUUUCUGUGCUUGCGUUCUGCUCCAAGUGUCAACAUUUCUGGUUACAAUGACUUUCUUGUAGUAUUUGGAAUGACUACUAAAGGCUUUCCUGGUCCAGGCAUAUUGUAUACCAAAUUUUGUGAUCCUAAGUGUUACUAAAGUGAAAAGGGAACAUGCUGGUAUCUCUGUCUUGACCUGCUAUAAUGUCAUCUUUCCUGAUCACUGGUAAUAAAUGCAGAAGUGAUCUGAGAGAGUAUUUUAAGUCAAUCAGUGUUUUAAACAUCGUAGUAAUUCUGCGAUUUACAGUUAGAUCAUAUAAAUCAAAGCAACAAUUUGGUUUUUUUUUUUUCAAACAGCAAUAUUGUAAUUGCCACAAAAGCAGAUGGUCCAACCCCAGGAGCAGAUAAUAAUGGGCAGCUCUGUGGGGAACAGUUACUCCAAGUGCCCACUCACAGUGGCAUCAUCAGUGCAGUUCCGAGCAUUUGAGAGGCCAGGAGACAGUACUGCGGCCUCCCUCAUGCUGUGCAGACUUCUACCUCACAGAGCUGCUGCAGAGGGCUGGCAGCUUGGUUCAAACUUGGUGAUGUAAGAGUUUGAAUAAAAGUAAUGUAUGUAAAA